AUGUCAAAUAUUUACUUUUAUAAGUUUAUUGUGAACAAUCAAGUGUUUUACAAGUCACAAUAUACUUAUGCACUAGUCAAUUUAAAACCAUUGGUUCCGGGACACGUUCUUAUUGUUCCAUUAAGAACUAGUGUAUAUAAUUUAGCUGAUUUAACAAUUCAUGAAAGUAUCGAUUAUAUGAAUACAUUACAAUUGAUACAUAGGUUUAUUAAACAUGUUUAUAAAGCCGACUCUUUGAACAUUGCAAUCCAGGAUGGACCUGAAUCAGGACAAUCAAUCCCCCAUUUACACACCCAUAUCAUUCCGAGAUAUAAACUGGACGGUUAUGGAGAUGGAAUAUACUCCAAACUCGAACAGAAAGAUCUCCUUGGCGAGUGGUCUGCCAGAAGAGACUCCUUUAUGAGCUCGGGUGGGUUUAGUCCCGUGGACGAUGAUCAAAGGGUUGCUAGGACUCUGGACGUGAUGGCUAAAGAAGCCCUUUGGCUAAAAGACGAAUUGGCCCGGUACACGUCCUCCUCUACUUGA